AUACAACUCUCUCUCUCUCUCUCUCUCUCUCUCUCUCUCUCUCUCUCUCUCUCUUCUCUCUAUCUCCCUUUCUCUUUUUCUUGUUCAAGUUUGAAAAACAAAUACACCAUGACUAUGACAGAUGUCUUGAGUGAAGAACAGAUUGUUGAUUUUAAGGAGGCUUUUGGGUUGUUUGACAAAGAUGGAGAUGGCUGCAUUACUGUGGAAGAACUGGCCACUGUCAUUCGGUCAUUGGAUCAGAACCCCACAGAAGAAGAGCUCCAAGAUAUGAUUAGUGAGGUCGAUGCAGAUGGCAAUGGAACCAUUGAAUUUGACGAGUUCCUGAGCUUGAUGGCCAAGAAAGUGAAAGACACUGAUGCAGAAGAAGAGCUCAAAGAGGCUUUCAAGGUUUUUGACAAAGAUCAAAAUGGCUAUAUAUCAGCUAGUGAGUUGAGACACGUAAUGAUCAACCUAGGAGAAAAACUGACUGAUGAGGAAGUGGAGCAGAUGAUUAAAGAAGCAGAUUUGGACGGUGAUGGCCAAGUUAACUAUGAUGAAUUUGUCAAGAUGAUGAUGACAGUUAGAUGAAGCAUUCACCUGAUUGAAUUGGACAAAUUAUUAUUAUUCAAAUUUCAUUGGCUUCCAAUCUUCCUCCCAGGAAAUAAUGUGUGGUUAUUAUUGUUUCUUUGUUGUAUUGUAUUGUAUUGUACUUAGCAAUGACCAAGUAGUAAAAUGGCUAGUCAACCCCCCAAUGGAUUUGAUCCAUUCCAACUCAAAAUUAAAUUAAUAUUCUUGUAAUUUUGGUUCAAUAUUUUCAGUGAUCCCAGGGUAAGAAAGCCUUAAUUGGUUCAUAUUUACCAUUAGAUAUGUAUGACUUUUACCAAGUGACAUAGGUCUCAGUUUAUAUCAAGUGGUAGUUUGUUGCA